GUUCAGGGUGAUCGAGCUGAACGAGACAGGGCCGCGCAACCCCAAGCCAAGCUGCUACGGUUGCCAGAGGACUUGCCAACGUCAGGGCAAGGCAGCGUUCCAGAGUUUUCCGAGAUUGUGGACAAGGCGCGCCGGCUGAUGGGACCUGAGCCAACCGAUGGUUCUUCGCAGAGGCACCGGGCAACUUCGUCGACGGCCUCAGAUCUACGUGGCAGUGGGGCCCGUGACAGAAGGACUGACCAGCAGGAAAGGGGCCGUUCCAACAUGGAGCAGGCCGCUGACGUGGGCACUUCUUCUGCAGGCCGUGACCUGGGACUGUCCAACAGCCUCACAGGUGCCCGAGACGUGGUUCCCUCUUCAGAUGCCCGCCGUGAUGAGGAUGGGCGCGACGAGCAUACACGGAGUCGUCGGCAAGUCUCCUUGAAGGAGGCAGACCAAGCUAGCAGAGGACGUCGCCAAAGUGGGGCAGCUGCUGCAAAUGCACUCGAUGAGGAAAUCUACAGCAAGGCUUUGAAGCUCAUGGGCCCAGAUGCGGUACAGAGACCAGCUGCCCUUGCUAGAGAGCCAGGGACUUGA